UACAGCCUUACUAGGAGGCAUCCCUCUAAUUUAAUACCCAUACUUGGCUGGCCUGGUGCUGCUGGCCUGAGACGGCUGUGACGUAUUGCUUUGUGGUUCGUCACUGGUCGCUUAGGAACCAAUGUACACAAAGAAGUAAAAAAGAAAAGCGUGAACUGAACGUGUGAAGCUAAUCGGGUGCUUUGAAUGGAAACGUCGAUAAAAAGCAUAAUAAAUAUCAUAUAAAACAAUGGUAAAGCAAACGAUUCAAAUCUUUGCCCGUGUGAAACCAACAAAGAAACCCACCGCGGAGUACUUUGUGGACAGUGAGGAGCAGGGCGGUAGUUUGGAGUUUGUUGUUCCCAGAGACUUGGCAGAUGGUGUUAUCAACAAUAAGAGGGAAAACUACAAAUUCAGGUUUCAGAGGGUUUUUGACCAAACAGCGAAUCAAGAGGAAAUCUUUGAGGCAAUUGCAAAGCCUGUUGCUGAAAAUGUGCUGGCAGGUUAUAAUGGCACCAUCUUUGCCUAUGGCCAGACCGGAAGUGGGAAGACCUUUACAAUCACUGGAGGUGCAGAGCACUACAGUGACCGAGGGAUCAUCCCAAGAACUCUUUCUUACCUUUAUCAGCAUUUCAGCAAGGACAGCAGUAUGAUCUAUACAACCCACAUAUCUUACCUGGAAAUCUACAAUGAGACUGGCUAUGAUCUACUGAAUCCCCAACAUGAGGCAUGUCAUCUGGAGGACUUACCGAAGGUGACGAUCAUGGAAGAUCCAGACCAGAACAUUCACCUCAAGAACUUGUCGUUGCAACAGUCAGCCAGUGAAGAGGAAGCUUUGGAUUUGCUCUUUUUAGGAGACACUAAUCGUAUGAUCGCAGAGACUCCCAUGAACCAGGCUUCUACACGAUCUCACUGCAUCUUUACCAUUCACCUGUGCAGCAAAGAGCUGGGCUCAGCCAUGGUACGGCGCUCCAAACUGCACCUAGUGGAUCUGGCUGGGUCUGAAAGAGUGGGAAAGACAGGUGUAGGUGGUCAAAUCCUAACAGAAGCCAAAUAUAUUAACCUCUCUCUGCACUACUUGGAGCAGGUCAUCAUAGCCCUGUCGGAGAAGAAUAGAUCCCACAUCCCUUACCGCAAUUCCAUGAUGACCUCUGUGCUUAGAGACAGUUUGGGCGGUAACUGUAUGACCACCAUGAUCGCUACUGUGUCUGUGGAGAGGAGGAACACUGGUGAAUCUAUAUCUACCUGUCGUUUUGCUCAUAGAGUGGCUUUGAUUAAGAAUGAUGCUUUUCUAAAUGAAGAACUGGAUCCUGCUCUGCUGAUUGUCCGUUUAAAGAAGGAGAUCCAGUCUUUGAAGGAAGAACUGGCUCUAGUUACUGGAGAGCAAAGGAGUGACAAGCUAACCCAAGAAGAGAUCCAACAGUUGGAAGAGCAGAUAAAUCUGUAUCUGGAGGACCCUGACAUUGAAGGAACAUUAAACCUUGGGCCUGAUAUGAGAAAAAUCCACUUUUGUUUCUAUCUCCUAAAGGUGAGGGUGCGAGAGGGAUCCUGUGCUCAAAAUGGGGUGAGUAAUGGCAGUACUCCUUUAUUAGUGAUGUCUGAUGAAGAGCAAAGGAAAUCAUAUGCAGAAGUCCAAAAGCUGCGGGACAUGUUGACUCACCGAGAUAAUGAGAUCAGUAUAUUAGUGAACAUGCUCAAGAAAGAAAGGAAGAAAGUUCAAGAUGUCACUUACCAGCUUGCCCAGUUACAAAAUCAAAACCCAUCAACCUACAAUUCAUCCUGGUCACCCACUACUAUACAGGGGGAAGACAUUGCAAAAUGUGACCCUUCUAAUGAUUACACAAACACUCAGCAUUUGAUGACCAAAAAUAGAGUACUGGAAUUGUCUGUGGGUCAGCAGGAGGCAUUUGAAGUUUUUCUGAGAGAUCAUGAAGACCGUUUAUCAGCUGAAAAUAACAGAGCUGUGUUGCAACAAAGGUUUGUUGAAGCCAAAACACUUGGUGAGCAAGUUAACCAGAUCAGGAUCAGAGUUAAUGAGUUGAAGACCCAUCUGAAAAUUAGACGAAAGCAAAUGGCAGCCCAAGGCUUAACAGGAAACCAAACAGCAUCAGAGCCAGACUUUGUUGAGGACAGAAUUCUCAAUCAGAUAGAGGAGGAAAAGAAAAAUUACAAGAUCAAAUCUGGAUGUUUAAAAGGGUUGAAGACAGAGAUUGAACAUCUACAAAUGUUGCAUGAAAAGUUGAAAGUGAAAUUCCAAAAGGACUUCGAGAUUUGGUGGACCCAGGAGGGCACUAGGCUACAGGGUCACAGUGCAGAGAACGCAGGAAGCAGCCAAAGUCACCUCAGCCCUCUUAGCUGCUUGUUACCAAGGAACAGUAAUCCAAAAGGUGAUGACACUGAUCUUCAAGAGAGAAGACAAAGGGAACAAACAUCUUUCACUUCCAGAGGUCAGAGAGCCUUGCCCUCAGCUGAAUGCUCAUCUACCUCUGUUCUUUUAACUGGAGAUAAACAGACUGACGCUGAUAUACAGGCCUUCAUUAGAGCCAGACACAUCCUGCUUAACAGCACAGGGGUGGCAAAAUAAGGACAGUUACACAGUAAAUAAAAACAGAAGAGGACAAACAAUGAACAGUCACACAUUUCUGCAAAACUCUGGGCCAGGCAGAUCACUAAAAGACAUCUUAAACAUGUCAAAACCCUUGUGUCACUGGGUCAGAAGGAGCUGGGCACACUGAAAAAUAUAACAGCAUCACUUUUUAUUACAUAUCUUUUUUUACAACCUGUCUGGUUAUUGAUCUGUUACCUUUUGGAGAGCUUGCUGAAAUAAGGAGGUUGAUUUAAGGGUGAUGUAGUUGCAUAGCAGCCAUAUAAAUAAUUGGUAAAGGCACUUGUCUCGCCUGAGCAAAUGUUUUUACAGGCUAUAUCAUAAAAUGUUAACCUGUGUCAGAGUUCUGUCUCCCUGCCAAAACCAAUAUAAUCUUAUUUAUAAAAUGAUCAUAUCCUUUUGGUUUGCAGACAUUAAUUUAUUGUCUUGUGUGUAUAUAUAUACAAGUUCUGCUGUAAAAACAAUGUUACUUUUUCUUAUUGUUUUAUGUUCUUUGGUUUAUUAUAAAAUGGUCUGUCAAAUCUUUUUGGUCCUUUCACUGUUUACUAAUGUUUUAUGACCUAAUGAACUGAAUUGAACCUAUUGAAAAAUGUACCUGUACUUUUUUGAGGUGUAAAAAGGUUCUCUUUUCAAACAAUGGUACAUUGUCCUUUUCUGCUUAGAACCAAUUUUGUGAGAAUGCAAAUAGAGUUAACAUCAUUUUUCAAGAACCUAUUUAACUGUGAAUAAAUGCUGAUACUUGUUGCAAUAUAUAAAAAGUUAUAUCUCAUAGAUGCAAUAUACUAAAAGCGCUAUUCUAUUUUAGAUAUUCCAAAUUGUAGUCUUUAACUGUUAAUGGCAACCAUUUGACAUUUUUCUGCUUAAAAAUCUUAAGACUGAGAUCUGGUCAUUUUUGUUUUAUGAUGCACUAUUUUGCAUGACUAUGAAUAGAUUUGUUUGAGCUAUGAGGUUCUGAGCAGUUAUUUGCAUAAGGGAGCAGCACUUUCUUUCAUCAAAUUGAACAGGCAUAAAGUAGCCUUUCUUUGCUUUAUGUAAUCUGGAAUAUUCCAGCAAUGUACAGUACAGAUUGCAUGUCAAGGCAUAUAAAUAUUAUAGGAUUAUAUGACAAUUGUAUACAAUAACGCAGUCAUUUAUAAAGUUGCCUGAACCACAAUCUAAAGUUUAAUGUAAAAUGGCCCAGUCAUUUUCAGGUUUGGUGUCUGAGAUCUUUACAGGCAAAACAUCAGCCUCUGUGGCUCACAUUGUUGUAUGAUGUGUUAUUGGAUGGCUAUAUCACAGGAACCGAUGUUCUACUCAAACAGCACAGGGUAU